CAACAACCGCCUUUCAAACCCCCAUAUCCCCCCUCGACGGCCACCCUCGGCGGCCAACCCACACGGCUACCCGACAUCCCCGUCUCCGCAGUCCUCCUCGCCUUCUUCAUCGGCAGCGCCGCGACUCACCUAACCAUCUUCGUGCGCAACAAGCGCAAGGCCGCCAACGGCGUCCCUCACGCCGGCUUCUUCUUCUCAUUCCUCUGCUUCAUCUUCAGCAUGACCCGCAUCGCGGCUCUGUCGUUGCGGAUCGCUUGGACCGAACACCCGACCAACGCCAACGUCGCGCUGGCGGCGACCGUGAUGACCGCCGCUGGCGUGUUGAUCUUGUUCAUUGUUAACUUGGUGUUAACGAGAAGGGUCGUGAGGGGUCUGCACCCUGGGCUUGGGUGGCAUCGGGCCGUGACGAAUGGGUUUAAGGUGUUGUUGGCCACCGUGAUAGGGAUGUUGAUCAUGGUGGUGAUUUGCUCGGUGCACUCGGUGUUCACGCUGGAUGUUGGAGCGCGGACCAAGGAACGGCAGGUGACGCUGUUUGCGAGCGUGUAUCUGACCGUCAUGGCGGUAACGCCAGCGGUGGUUGCGCCGUUGGCAUAUCUGAUCCCGAACCGUGGGGCGAGGCAUCCGGCGGAAGGGUUUGGGAAGGGGAGUAUGGGCGGGAAGGUGGCGUUGUUGACGUGUGCGUCGUUGCUAUUGGCGCUGGGGGCUGGGUUCCGGGCUGGCACCAACUUUGCGGCGAAACCGAUCGGCCAGGAGCAGUGGUACCACUCCAAGCCGGCGUUUUACUGCUUUAACUUUGUGGUGGAGAUCCUGGUGGUGUACUCGUACGCCAUCUUCCGCUUUGACCGGCGGUUCCGUGUACCGGACGGUAGCGCGGCGCCAGGGCACUACUCGAAUGGUGGUCCAGAGGUGGAGGAAGGGGAGGAGGUGGCACAUGAACUAAGGAAUAAGGGGACUAGCUCGGGGGAUGACAGCUCUAGGGUGGUUUGA